GACAGUCCUCCACUCUUCUCCUGCCCUCGCCUCCCUGCAGCUCGUGCAUAGUGUGCGCACAUUCUCUCAAGUUCAGCUUCGAGACGCGUAACUCACGGCACGCGGGGCUGCGGUCAAUGGAUAGACAGGAGGAGGAGGAGGGAAUGCAAGGAGAGAGGACGGAGCGCAGUUUGGACUUGGACGCGUUCGGUUUCAAAUGGCAGAGUUUUACGAUCUGUUGUAGUUUCCAAAUCGUUUCGGACGUGGACUUGUUUGCUUUUUUCAAAACUCGGAGGUGUUUGUAAAGUUUGCAGGGGAAAAAAGGUGCGAUGCAGUCAGUGACUUUAAACCGUCCCGUUUGGAUACAGAAAGUAUAAGAGCGCACCGGUUGGAAAGCCUGGACAAUUGGAGAAAGCUGUUUUCAGACAUUUAAGUUGUUGUUUUUUUGUUUUGUUUCUUUUGCUUAUGGAAAAGUGGAAUAAAAUAGAAGACUGGAGGUUCCCUUUAUGAGGCUCUUCGUUUGCCAACUCCGAAAGGAUUUAUAGUUUUCAUACCUCCUCUGCGCGCUUUCUCUUAGGUCGGUCAGAGGUGGAGAGCGCAGUUGGGUCAUGAUGAGACUGUCAAUGAAAAAGAUGCGUAAACAUCUAAAGGUUUGAACCACACAAGAAUAGUAAUAGAAGAGGACAAAAGAAGAAGAAGAAAAAAGAACCUCUGUUUGUCCUUUUUGUGAACAUUCCCAUUGGCGUUUAACCGACAGGAAGGUAUGGAGACGGCCGGGAGAGGAACAGGCGCGCCGGUGGGAUCUUUCUUCUGGAAGAUCGUUUUAAUUCUCCUCCUGUGGAAAGUGUCUGACAGCCCGUUGGAAGCAGCAGGAGGUGGACCAGGCACAGGGCCGGACUUUUCCCAGCCUCGUUUCUCCUCCUCCCUCCCGACCUAUCUCCCAGUCCAAUGCCAGCUAAGUGGAGCUGACUCCGCCUUCUUUCUGCGGGAAGCUAAUCAGGAGGUCAUGAGAAAUGGCAGUCUGUCAUCGUGGACUGAGCCCUUCUUUGUUCACAAGGUGGAGAUAGGUAUGGCUGCUCCACAGUCUCUCCCGAGUGUGAACUGCAGCUACGGAAAUCUGAGCACUGAGCAGCCAAUCCCAAUAGAGCUACUUCAAGGACCUCAGCCACACCUGCUGACCUCAAUCAACCAGGUGACGAUGAAUUGGAGGGUCAAAGGUCAGGUAGUGGUCCCUAAAGUGGGAUCAACAAGACCAUGGAUUCAGGUACUGUUUUAUCUGAUUGGGCGGCGCUGGGAUGAGCCUGACCCCCUUCCUACAUCAAGUCUCCCAUGUAUCCGCGCCUUGGCUGUACGUGACCCCAGUGAAACAGCACCUUCAGCAGGCUGUCGUCUUAUGGGACCAUCUGGAAUCUGUGUGGUCCGUCUGGAAAUUCCGCCGGCUUGGUUUACAUCAUCACAAGUGAGAAAAAGACCUUCUGAAGUGUCUCUACAAUCAGUGGAUGUGUUCUACUCCAUCAUACCAGUAGAAGGGACUGGCAGAGACUGUCCCUCUAUUGUAAAUGAGCCAUGGAAAGCUCAAAGUUCGAAUGUCGGACCCCUUGGAGGCCUGGGUAUUGGUCUUGGAGGACAGUGGAGUAGCCUGGAAGAUGGAGGUCUUCAGGACAUGCUAAAAGCUGGCACCGUAGAGAUGAGCCCAGGCCCGGUUUCUGCCAAGGGAGAAAGAUUGCCAUUAGAUGAAAAUUUGGAGGUUCUUGUCCCGCCUAGUCCGGUCCGGCUUGGCAAAACAGUGGCAUUUGGCAUCUACAUGAACACAGAUUCAAACCUGGAACAGUUCACAUUGAGGGUGUGGUUCCAGUCAGGCAUCAACUUCCUCGCUGUGAAACCCAGCAACCUCGUUGCGUGGGAGAUCAAACAGGAAAUGGCACCGGGAAGCAGUUCGUUGGCAGUGAUUUGUCAGAGAAAGGCCUCCUCCACAGCUGAGAGAUUGGCAAGUCCUUCAUAUGAAGUAAUGCAGCUGGAAUUUGAGGUUGAUAACGUGAUUAAUCUGGUGCCAACCCAGACUCUACACUGGACUGUGGAAUACCCCGCUAACACACAGACAGCUUCGAAGCAAACAGAGAAAGUCUCCCACCUGUACAUUAGCAAUGCUGACAUCCAGGGCAUUGUUCCUCUGGCAGAGGACACAGAGGUGUUGAAUACGGCCAUUCUUACAGGUAGACGGGUAGCAAUGCCCAUUAAAUUGGUUACAGUGGAAACAGAUGGACAGGUGAGGGAAGUAGACGACUCUGUCACCUGCAGCUCAACAGAUGUGGAUGUGGUGAAGGUUUCUUCAAGGUGUGACCAGGUUUUGGUGAACGGCAAGGAAAUGCGAGGUAGACAGUCCUUGGCAGUCAACUUUACCUACCUCCACCUGUCUGCUCAGCUGCUGCUCACUGUGUGGGUUCCAAAGCUACCUCUGCAGAUAGAUGUGUCAGAUACCGAGCUGAGCCAGGUCAAAGGCUGGAGGGUGCCGAUCACCACCAACAAGAGACCCACCAGAGACAGUGAGGAUGAUGAAGAUGAUGACAAAAAGGGUAAAGGCUGCACCCUACAGUACCAGUACGCUGUGGUGCGAGUCCUCACUCAUUUUGUUGCUGAAGUCUCUGAACCUGGAGGGGAGAUGGUCUACAUGUUGGGUACCGACUGGCAAGCUGAUAUCACUCCUUUGGUAUUGGACCAGUUGAAGGUAGAAGAUCCUCGCAUUGCCAGGCUUGUAGAUGGGCAUAUUUUAAUGGGACGGGAUCUAGGUAUCACCACUAUACAAGUAUUGUCCCCUCUGUCCGAUUCCAUCCUGGCAGAGAAGACUGUGACAGUACUAGAUGACAAGGUAACAAUAACAGACCUAGGAGUCCAGCUAGUUGCAUCGUUGUCUCUCAGCAUGACUGCAAGUCCUGGAAAUUACCAAGCUAUACAGCUAACAACUACAGCUACAGACCUGCUUCACACACCUAAACAGGAAGCUGUAGUAAGUGCAUGGAUUCAUUACAGUGAUGGUUCAGUGACACCCCUGGAUAUCUAUGAUCCCAAAGACUUCCUCCUCUCAGCUAUCUCACUGGAUGAGAACGUCAUAUCUGUGACCAAUCAGGAGCAGCACUGGCCAAUUAUAGUAGCUGAGGGUGAUGGACAAGGCCCACUGUUUCGUGUGGAGAUGGUCAUUUCUGAGACUUGCCAGAAGUCUAAGAGGAAGAGUGUGCUGGCAUCUGGAGUUGGUAAUGUGGUAGUCAAAUUUGGAGCUAACAGCGAUGAGAGAGGUGGACCAGAGGAUGGUGGAGGUUUGGAAAACAGCACCAGUGAGCAAAGAACCAAUAAUGGAGGGGAAUGGAAUUCCAAGAGUGUGGCUGGGGACCGAGAGGAAGGAGCUAUGAGGAAGGUUAGCACAACGACAAAGAGCACAGUUACACAACGUGCUUUAGGUGGCAGAGCUGCCAGUGGUGGCAACAGCGGCCAGGGAGGUUCAAGUCAAGCAAAUGGCUAUAGCAAGAACCCUGUACAGGUCGAGGUUCCAGGAACUGGGAACGGGGAGCUGACACAGACUACGAGAGGCCUGUCAGACCUCGAGAUUGGGAUGUAUGCUCUUCUGGGAGUAUUCUGUCUGGCAAUAUUGGUCUUCCUCAUCAACUGUGUCAGCUUCGCAUUCAGGUAUCGUCACAAGCAGGUGCCCGUACUAGAAGCAGGUGGUAACAUGAACCAUGCCCAUGACUGGGUGUGGCUUGGUACCGAGGCUGACCUGUUAGCUGACCAUACAGACCAAUGCCAAGGGUUACCUGAUGAAUGUACAACCAUCAUUGACAGAAAUGAAGGAGGAUAUGAGGAGAGCAAGUACCUUCUGAAUGGUGCUGGAAACACUUUGGUGAUGAGUUUAGGCACUGGCAUGGGCACAAAAAGUGCGGGUGGUGGCACAGGGGGACUUCGGGGGAUGACCCAUGGACAGACCCUGCCACGGUCCGUUGCAGAGCCCCAUCAGUGCCUUUCUGCAAUUACUACUGGUGGCAAAGAUGCCACUGGGCAAACAGAGCAUCUCAAUAAUUCUCCCCGAGCUGCGGCUGCAGCCGCAGUUGCUGUUGCCAAGCGCAAAAGAGUUAAAUUCACAUCCUUUGCCACUGUUUUGCCCAACGAUAAUUCUGGUGGUGGUGGCCCGUAUGUUAAUUCCUCAGUUCUUGUCACAAAUGGGAAUGAGGAUGACAUAAAGUGGGUGUGCCAGGAUAUGGACCUGGGUCAGUCUGAAAUCAGAACCUACAUGGAGAGGCUACAAGACAAUCUGUGACUGUUUAGGAAAGAUACUGAGCAAUAUACAGGCAACGGAUAUGUGUUGGAUAAAAGAUGGACAAUGAGUAAAAUUCACCUGUGAUGCCUUUGCAGUGGAUUAAUAGAGGGUCAGGUGAAGCAAAAAUUGUGGGAUGACUAAACACAAAAGGUGUAAUGAACUAAAGGUUUUGGACACAGCUUGUGGGUAGCUUGUCAAUAGCUUCCCUUAAGAAAGGCAAAGUAUAAAGUCAUUACAUUACAUAAAAGUAAAAGUAGCAAACAAUAAGUAACAUUCAGAGUUUGUUUUGUGUUACUUAUUGUGGAAAUCAUUCUGUAAAAAUCAAUAAUGAUCAUUAUUGGGUUAUGUGUGUUUACUUUCAGAAAACAAGUAAAGCACUGUAAUCAUACAUUAUCAAUUCAGGGUAUGUUAAAGGACAAACUUUUGUAUGCCACUUUACAUCUUAACAAAGAUGUUAAACAACUUUGAGCUUGUAAUGACGUCAAA